UCAGUUCAUACACGGCUGUCGCAGCGGUGAACCUCCGGAGGAAGAGUCGCGACCUUCGCACCCGCAGCGCCGCGCCGAUUUCCCGGGCUACCCGAGAAAAUCGCCGCGGCAUCAUUCAGGAGGCAGGGGAGGAAUCCGAGCCCGCCGUCCUUGCCUUUACACGACGCUAGUAAUCAUCCAUGCAAGGCAGCGUCCCUCUCUACAAUCUUAUUUCAAAAUAAACGAGCUGCAAUAACGACGAGUCGAUUAUCAUCGUUUGAGCUGGCGAGAAGCGUUUGCUGCCAAGUCCCGUGGCGCUUCGGUCGCAAAACUCCUGGAGCGUCAAUUGAGCCGAGUCGACCUCGGUAGCUGCCUGGCGUACUAUCACAGGGCCAAGGAUUCGUCGCCAUCGCCACGAGUUGGGCGCGUACUUAGGAGUGGCACGUCGCCGGCCGCGAUCGUGGCGCACUAGAUCCCGAUCCCGUCUCGCCGGGGGCAGCGGGAUGUCGCGGGCAGUCCCGCUUACGCUGCUCUUGGCGAUCGCGGGCGCGGCCGCCCUCAGCUGCCCGGAUAGCCGGCAGUGCUACUGCUUUGAGGAGUCGGCGAGCGAGCAGCGGGUCCACUGCGCCGCUGGCAACGGGACCACGGCCGCCGCCUUCGACCUGACGCUGCGCCGUCACGAGCGGCUCCUGGUCGAGUGUACCGGUGGUCCGGAUUGGGCCGACUUCCUCCUGGGCUCGCCCCUCGACGUCGGAUCCGUGAAGACGCUCGUGUUCGCCUAUUGCGCCCCGCCCGGAUCCGAGCAUAGCCCCAGGGUCGCCGGCUUGCUUGGGACCCGAGACGUCGAGGUUCUCAGGUUCAACGGGCUCAACGGCUCCCUCGGCAGACACGAUCUCGCCGACUAUCCGAGCGUCAAGAACCUCGCACUUUCCAACAACAAUUUGACGGGCGUGGGUGCUGACCUUCUUCGAGAUCUCCCCUCCCUGAGAUUGUUGGAGCUGCGCAGUACCAAUAUCCAAUUGCCGACCGGUUUCUUCGAUAACUCAUCGUCCUUACGCAUUUUGGAGCUCGGCAGCAAUCAGCUGCGACAGCUGGAGCCAGGCACCUUCGACGGCUUACACAAGCUCGAGCUGCUAAACCUUUGGAAAAAUGACUUUCGCAAGCUCGAAGCCGACGUCUUCCGCGGCCUCAAUACCCUGCAAUCUCUUGAUCUCAAUCAGAAUGGACUGAAAACUCUGCCGGCCGAUAUUUUUAAGGAUCUGGAGAACCUGGAGUUAGUGAAUCUCAAUUCGAAUAAUUUUACGUCGCUGCCGCAAGGCUUGUUCCGUACGAACCUAAAGCUUCGCGUGGUUAAGCUCCAAUACAACAAGCGCAAUCUCACAGAACUACCCGAUGGUCUCUUUGCGAAUCUCACGGCUCUCAAGUCGAUCCUAAUCACGCGUAACGGCUUGCUAAGACUGCCCGAGGAUCUUUUCUGGGGCUCCACGAGUCUAAGGAAUCUCACCAUCGAUAGAAAUUACCUGACGACUCUGCCACGUAGAAUCUUCCAGAAUGCCACGGAACUCUACAUUCUCAGCUUAUCCUUCAACGACCUAAAAGAACUUCCCGAUGGGAUAUUCGAAGCUACCUCGAAGCUAGCCAAGCUCGACUUGUCCAAGAAUCAUCUUACAUCGAUAAACGACCGCAUGCUGGUAGGACUGGAAUCUCUACGAAUGCUUAAUCUGGAAAACAACGACCUGACGUACAUUCACGUGAAUGCCUUUAGCUUCCUUGGCAAUUUGCGUGUAGCGAAAUUUGCCUACAACCGACUGACCUUGCGCACCGGACUCUAUGACAUCUUUGGUCACAUUUCACCGUUUCAUCACUGCCACUCCCUGGAGGAGCUAUACCUUGCCCAUAAUAAUGUCACCGAGAUGCACAGUGACUGGAUAGUUAGCAAUACGAGGCUACGUGUGCUCGAUCUCAAGUACAAUUCCUUCAAUUAUUUGGAAACGGAGGACCUGCAGUUCAUUUCGAGCAGCGUGAGCGUGGAUCUGCGCCACAAUAACAUCUCGCGGGUGGUGCUAGCGCGGCUCGAGCUGAUGGCGGCCAACCAGAGUGCCCCACGUGACGUCAUCGUCGACAUUGCCGAUAAUCCAAUACGUUGCGACUGCGAGGUAUACGAGCUGCUGCGCUACCUGAACGGCGACAUGCAUCCUUACGUACAGAACUACGUGCACUUGAGGCCGGGCAACUUGAGCUGCGAGAGUCCGGACUACAUACGGGGGGCACAGGUGUUCGAGCUGAAGGCCAAGUCGCUGAAAUGCCUGGUGGAGAGCGAGCAGCCGCGGCCCGGAGAUCCAUGCUCGCCGAGCGGCGGCGCCUGCACCUGCUGGCUGAGACCCGAGGACCGGGCGUUACUCCUUGAUUGCGCAGCCAGGAACCUGACGAGACCGCCGGAGUGGAUAGACGCGCGGGCCGUCGCCAAAGUCGAGCUCGACCUGACAAUGAACGAGCUCAAGGAGCCACCCUCCAUGUACAAGAAGGGCUACGAGAAGGUGACGAGCCUCAACCUCGCCAAGAACCGGAUUUCCGUCGUCGACGAGAGACUGCUUUCCCCCAAUCUCAAGACUCUCCUCCUCGACGGCAACAAUCUCACCUCCAUUGAUUCGAAGAUCUUGGAUAGACUCUCGAACUCGUCCCACAUAACGAAGCUCACGCUCCACGACAAUCCAUGGCGGUGCGACUGCAACUCCCGUAACCUUCUGUCCUUCAUUCAAUCCAACUCGCUCGACGUACCCGAGCUUCUGCGCGUCACCUGCUCCAACACCAACGUCUCGCUCUCGAACAUCGCCCUGUCGGAGCUCUGCACCUCGAACAACGACACGGCGAUCCUCGUCUGCUCCAUGGUGAGCCUCCUGGGGCUGCUGGUCGGCGGCGGGGCAGCCCUCUACUUCCGCUUCCAACGGCAGAUAAAGGUCUGGCUAUUCUCGAAGAGCCUCUGCCUGUGCCUCGUGAGCGAGGAGGAGAUCGAUCGGGACAAGAGGUACGACGCCUUCAUCAGCUACUCGCACAAGGACGAGGAGUUUGUGGUUAAGGAGCUGGUGGGGAGGCUGGAGGAGGGACCCCGGCCCUAUCGACUCUGUAUUCACGUGCGCGACUGGUUGGCCGGCGAGUGGAUACCUACGCAGAUCGCACGGAGCGUCGAGGAGUCCAAGCGCACGAUCGUCGUACUCUCGGCCAACUUCAUCGAGAGCGUCUGGGGCAGACUCGAGUUCCAGGUCGCCCACAAGCAGGCCCUCAGCGAGCGUCGCGCCCGCGUCAUCGUCGUCCUUUACGGCGACAUCGGGCCCACCGAGAAGCUCGACCCCGAGCUCCGGGCCUACCUGCAGAUGAACACUUACGUCAAGUGGGGCGACCCCUGGUUCUGGCAGAAGCUCCGCUACGCGAUGCCACACACGCGGACUGGUUCGGAGCACUCACAUUCCAAUGGCAUCCUCGGAAAGGGGAUUGUCGCUAACGCGAAAGCCAGAGAAGGAAAGCUCGCCUUCGCCGAGGACGUGCGCCGUAACCAGACCUUCGUCGAUACGGUCAAGGGCAUCGACAAGAACUUGAACGGCGGCUUCGAUAUUGGACCACCCCAAUGCACGACAGUCUAAUUGUUAUUUUACUUUUAUUCGCAUUGCAUUUCAUUGCUACCCUCGACAAAUAUUCUUUGAGCUGACGAUAUUGUGGACGAUAAGUCGAUUACUUAAAGAAUUGCUUUUGGACAAACGAAUGUUAAAAUGUCGUAAUGCAUGACGUUUAUAUAACUUUAAUAACUAUACUCUCGAUUCUGUCAGAUUUUCAUCUACAUUAUCGGUAUUGCCUUUGUAAAUGAAGCUUGAGAGCCGGUGAGGGAGUGCGUGAGUGAGUGAGUGAGUG